AUGUCAAACCUAAUUGUGGUUGUCGGCCUCACUGGCAAACAGGGUGGAUCUGUGGCAAAUGUUUUCCUCAAUGAAAACGGUUGGAGAGUCCGAGGGAUUACCAGGGAUGCGUCCAAGGCAACUGAUUGGCAGGCCAAAGGAGUCGAGGUUGUCGAAGCUAACCUUGAUGACAAGGCAUCCCUGGUGAAAGCAUUUGAAGGCGCAUAUGCCAUCUUUGGGACGACUGAUUUCUGGGGGCCAGUGUUCAAUCCUGCCACAAGGCUCAAGCUUGCAGAAGGUCAGCAGAUCAACGAGUAUGCUUUCCACUACGAGCAGCAACAGGCUAUAAAUAUCGCAGAAGCGGCCGCUGAAACGGCCGGACUCCAGAGGUUUAUCUCUAGCGCACUCUGCAAUGCAAAACACUGGACACAAGGAAGGCUGCCGCAUGUCUACCACUUUGAUAGCAAGGCUUUGGCUGUAGAGCAUAUCAAAGCAAACCUGCCUGAUUUGGCAGCCAAAAUGUCUGUGGUUCAGAUAGGCUCAUACAUGACAAAUUGGGGAACUGGUAUCAUUCCUAGGAAGCAACCGGAUGGCACAUGGCGCCUGGCCAUGGUUGGCAAGGGGGACACGCCUAUUCCUCAGCUGCUGGCCGGUCAGGAUACAGGAUUCUUGGUCCGCGCGCUUCUGCAAGUUGCUCCAGGAAAGAAUCUGUUAGGCACUUGUAAGAUGCUCACCUGGAAAGAAUAUUUGAAAGUCUGGUGCGAGACCCAGCAAGUGCCGUACGGGGGAUAUGAUGAGCUCUCCAUUGAGCAGUUCGUCAAGUUCAUGCCUGUUGAGCCAGUCAUCGCCCUCGAAUUUGCAGAGAUGUUUGCUCUUGCGGAUAAUCCCGGCUACGAUGGAGGGGAUCCUUCCAUUGUUCUACCAGAAGAUCUGGGAGUUCCAUGUCCGACGACAUCCUGGGAAACCUGGUGCAGGCAGACCGAUUUCUCACAUAUUGUGAAGCAAAAAUAG